AUCUAAUCAGCUAAAUAGCCAAUCGGCCAACUGAUUUAACAUUCACUACUAUGCUACUCUUAGUCGCAAUUUGGAUGUCUCCGCGCUCGUCUCGCACAAAUGCCAGAAAUAUCUGAAUUUUAGCAAAUUAUGCAUUCAUUGCCUUCAACAAUUUGAAAUUGAAGUCAAACAUGUCGAAUUUAUGGAGCACCUGUGUCCAAAAGUUUUUUAAAUACGCGCCCAGCUAUGUGGUCUGCCUAUGCUUUCUGCCCUGUGGACUGAUCUUUGGGUACACGAUGUGCGCGUUUGUCGCCGAACGGAGCACUCAGGGCGAUCUCAUCGACUAUGGUCCACUGAUAUUGGGCGCCUCUGUCGCAAUUCUCAGCGCCCUGGCGAUGCUGGUCAUCAAGUAUAUCAAACACUGCAUUGUCUACUGGCAGCCAUGGCUUCUGUUUGUGGCCGGCGCAUUCAAUUUAAUCUCCAGCUGUUUCUAUUUCGCCGAUGGCUAUGAUCACGUGGGCGCUUAUAUGUCGUAUGUGGCGCACAGUUUGACAUUUGUGGCCGGGUAUGGAUUUCUGCACACGAUCAGCUCAAAGGUCAGUCGAUCGAUGAUGAUAUCCGGCUGCUGCAGCUGCUAUCUGCUGGGCAUUGCCUCGGCAGUCAGUCUGAUUGGGUCCACAUACGUGAAGAACUUGAAACAGUAUGCGGGCCAAGCGGCAACCAACGAGCAGCUGACCGAUGGCAUCUAUGUUAACUUUGCCGCAACGUAUCUGUGCAUAGCUGCCGUGACCUUGGCCAUUUUGAUCGGUCUGAAAGUGCUGCACGUUCUGGGCACGGUGGACAUGACGAACAGUCUCGAUAACGAUUUACGGAUUGCGAACGCAAAUGGCAGCAUCUUUGAGACGCGUGCCGAUGUCAUCCAGCGGCUGCAAUUCUUCUAUGUGAUCAAGAAUCAGCAAUGGCACAUAACUUGCCUGCUGCUCUUCGUCGAGGCCAUUCAAUAUGCGCUGUUUAUCUAUUUGGUGUUCUGGUUUUCGUUGAACGAUGCGAUGCGAUUGGAUGAUUUGGCGCACAUUGAUUCCAUGUUUUGGGUGAUAUUCGCUGGCAGCAUUCUGGCCAUUGUCUGUCUGUGCUUCUACUCGGCCAAGGUGCAUUUUGUGAGCAUGCAACUGUUGCUGCUGCUGCUUACGGCAUUGGCAAUGAUUAUCUAUGGUGCGACCGGUUCAAAGUUCACAUUCUGGCUGCUCCUGGUGGUAUUUGGCAUGGCCUACUCCUGCCUACAGAUUGUAUUGCUGGAGGUGACCCACUUACGAUUCACCGAAUGCAUCAUCUCAAUCUCGUACGGCCUCAAGCUGCUUAGCACCAGUGUCGUCUAUUACUAUUUCGUUAAUAAUGCGAACAACUCGUAUUUCUAUGCCAAGGAUGAUAGCACACUGAUCGCCCAGGGAUUCGUGUUCAUGAUAAUUACAUCGCUGCUGGCCCUCGUCGUUGGCAUGAAGGUGCCGCGUACGCAUCACAGCAAACUGCUCGAUAUACAGCACGAGGUCUAUGGCAUUAUCUUCAUGAAGCAUCAGAUUGAACAGUUAAAUGUCCGCUGGCUAAACGAUGGCACCAUUCCAACAAUCAGCCAGUGAAUCGGCCACAAUCAUCUUCCUUGAUUUGUUUCUCUUCUUUUUUUGUUGGUAUUUUCUCUGUUUUGUUUUCUGUUUUUUUAUUUUUUUUUAUUUAUAAGUUUGUACUAUAUUAAAGCUAGUUUUUAACGUUUAUCGCUUAUCGCUUAAUGCACACAAUCUGAACGGCGGCCGUGUGAUCCCGACAGAAGUGGCUGGCACAGGCCGAGACAUUGGCACAAGGCGUCACCUGAUAAUGAUGCUCCUCUGCAACAAAUAAAUGCACACUCAUUAAUUAA